CCGCUUCCCCCCCUCCCCCCCGCCCCGCUCCCCUCUGCUCUCCCCGGCUGCGCUGGUUGCUGCGCUCGGCCAUGGCGGCCCCGGCGGAGCUGAGCGCGGAGCGGCUGCGGGCGCUGCCCGGCAGCUGGAGUUACGGGAUCAGCCAGGGCGGCCGCGUCUUCUUCAUCAACGAGGAGGCGAAGAGCACGACCUGGCUGCACCCGCUGACCGGAGAGGCCGUGAUCACCGGGCACCGCCGCAGCGCAGACUUACCCACAGGUUGGGAGGAAGCUUACACUUUCGAAGGUGCAAGAUACUAUGUAAAUCAUAAUGAACGAAAAGUAACCUGCAAACAUCCAGUAACGGGACAGCCAUCGCAGGACAACUGUAUUUUUGUUGUGAAUGAACAGACUGCUGCAGCAAUGACGUCUGAAGAAAAGAAGGAGAGACCUGUAAGCAUGAUAUGUGAAGCAACUAACUAUAAUCUGACAUCAGAUUAUGCUGCUCAUCCAAUGAGCCCUGUGGGCAGAACAUCGCGAUCGUCAAAGAAGGUUCAUAAUUUUGGGAAGAGAUCAAACUCAAUAAAGAGAAAUCCUAAUGCACCAGUUGUCAGACGUGGCUGGCUCUACAAACAGGACAGUACUGGAAUGAAGUUAUGGAAGAAGCGGUGGUUUGUUCUCUCAGAUCUGUGCCUCUUCUAUUACAGAGAUGAGAAGGAAGAAGGAAUACUAGGUAGUAUACUUCUACCUAGUUUUCAGAUAUCUGUGCUUUCUCCUGAGGACCAUAUUAACCGGAAAUAUGCCUUUAAAGCAGCUCAUCCAAACAUGAGGACAUAUUAUUUCUGCACAGAUACGGGAAAGGAAAUGGAGUUGUGGAUGAAAGCCAUGACAGAUGCAGCACUUGUGCAGACAGAGCCUGUGAAAAGAGUUGAGAAGUUCACCACUGAAAAUACACCACCGCGAGAGGCCAAUAAUAUUUCAAACCAUCGGGUGCUAAUUAAGCCAGAGGCACAAAACAAUCAGAAAAACAGAGAAGUGAACAAAAAUGAAGAGAAGAAGGCUUUGGAAGCUGAAAAAUAUGGAUUCCAGAAAGUUGGGCAAGAUAAACCAUUAACAAAAAUUAACAGUGUGAAGCUAAAUCCUUUGGGAUCGGAAUACAGGACUCUGCCCAUAACCACAGUUCAGGCUGGACACUUCAGACCAGUUCAUUUAAAUGGAGCUGAGAAUAAAGCUGUUGGUGUUGUCCUGGCAGAUACUGGAGAUGGAGGUCAGCACAAUGCAAUUCAGUCACAUAUGGAGUCUGAACGAGUUAUGCAGAGAACUAAUUCAAUGCUGCAGUUGGAACAGUGGAUUAAAAUACAGAGAGGAAAAGGGCAAGAGGAGGAAGCAAGAGGUAUAAUCUCAUAUCAGACGUUACCAAGAAACAUGCCAAGCCAUCGACCUCAAGCUUUACCCCGGUACCCAGAAGGAUACAGAACGCUGCCUCGAAACAGCAAAGCAAGGCCAGAGAGCCUCUGCAGCGUGACACCAUCAGCCUACGACAGAGCCAUAGGACCUGUGACAGCUGAAGAAAAACGAAGGUCAAUGCGUGAUGACACGAUGUGGCAGCUCUACGAGUGGCAGCAACGUCAGUUUUACAAUAAGCAAACGACUCUUACUAGGCACAGUACUUUAAGUAGCCCAAAAACGAUGAUCAACAUUGCUGAUCAGACGAUGCAUUCAAUUCCCACCUCGCCUUCUCAUGGUUCGAUAGCGGGUUUCCAAGGGUAUUCCCCACAGCGGACCUACAGAUCAGAAGUGUCAUCACCAGUGCAAAGAGGAGAUGUGACUAUCGAUCGGAGACACAGAGCCCAUCAUGCUAAGCAUGUCUAUAUGCCUGACAGAAGGUCAAUGCCGGCAGUUCUAAGUUUACAGCCUGUUACUCCUCAGAGCCUCCAAGGCAAAACACCAGAGGAGCUCACGCUGCUGCUAAUAAAGCUGAGACGGCAGCAAGCUGAACUGAGUAGUAUCCGGGAACACACACUAGCACAGCUCAUGCAACUAAAACUUGAGGCCAACAGCCCAAAGAGUGAGAUUCUUUCGCAUCACCUUCAAAGGAAUGCCAUAUAUUUGGAUCAUCAGAUGAAAGAGAAUGAACCUUUAAUCACCAUGGUUCACACUAUGAUUGAGAACUCGGCGCUAAGACCACAACUGUACCAGCAAUUAACACAAGAAGAAUGUAGGGGUACACUAUACAAAUAUAGAACUGAAGAGCUGGAUAUUGAUGCUAAGCUUAGCCGUUUAUGUGAACAAGAUAAAGUUGUACAAGCACUGGAAGAGAAGCUUCAACAGCUACACAAGGAGAAAUACACGCUUGAGCAAGCUUUGCUAUCAGCAAGUCAGGAGAUAGAAAUGAAUGCAGAUAACCCAGCAGCCAUACAAAAUGUAGUCUUACAGAGAGAUGACUUACAGAAUGGACUACUUGGCACUUGUCGAGAAGUAUCGCGAGCUACUGCAGAACUGGAAAGAGCUUGGAGAGAAUAUGAUAAACUAGAAUAUGAUGUAACAGCAACAAGGAACCAUAUGCAGGAGCAACUUGAUCGGCUUGGAGAAAUUCAGACUGAGUCAGCUGGGAUACAGCGUGCUCAGAUUCAGAAGGAACUGUGGAGAAUUCAAGAUGUCAUGGAAGGUUUAAGUAAACAUAAACAGCAAAGAAGCUCUUCAGAUGCAGGCAUCAUGGGAUCAAGGACAUUUUCUGCUAUUAAAUAUAAAAACGAGGAAGAGGAAGUAGUCCCACCUCGUCCUCCACUCCCUCGGUCCUAUGACUUUACAGAGCAUCCUCCCAUAAUCCCCCCUCUGCCCAGUGAUAGCAGCUCCUUGCUCUGUUAUAGCAGGGGCCCAGUACAUCUGCCAGAAGAAAAGAAGAUUCACCAAGUUCAAGGAUAUCAGAGAAAUGGAUCUCACUGUGGUCCUGAUUAUAGGCUUUAUAAGAGUGAACCAGAGUUAACUACAGUAGCAGAAGUGGAUGAAUCUAAUGGUGAAGAAAAAACAGAACAAAUGUUAGAAUCAGAAUCUGCAGCUAAAGGCUCACAUUUCCCAGUGGGAGUUGUACCACCCAGAACCAAAUCACCAACUCCAGAAUCUUCAACAAUAGCAUCCUACGUCACUUUAAGGAAGAAUAAGAAGAUAGAUCUAAGAACGGAAAGACCAAGAAGUGCAGUGGAGCAGUUGUGUCUUGCAGAAAGCACACGGCCUCGAAUGACUGUGGAGGAACAGAUGGAAAGAAUAAAAAGACACCAACAAGCAUGUCUGAGAGAGAAAAGGAAAGGACUAAACAUUAUUGGUGUUUCAGACCAGUCACCUUCACAGAGCCUGUCUUUUGUCAGAGAUAACCCAUUCAAAUCGGCACAGAAUCGCAAAAAGGAUGACACUGUACAUAGUCACAUAAAGGACUUAGAGAGCACCACUAAAGACAAUAAUUUGAAACAAAAUAAUGGAAGUCCUGACGAAGAAAUAGUGCAAGUAAAACACGAUGGAGAACAAGAACAUAAUUCAGGUUUUACUAAAGAGCUGACAAAAACCGAUGAUUUUUUAUCAGAUACACAUGUUGUAUCUGACUCAAAAGAAGUGAAUAAUGAAGAGAAAGCAGAAAAGGAAAAGAAUAAUAAAGUGGAAGAAACACGUGAUGGUGAUAUAAGCUUGCAGAGUAUGACCACAGUUGCAAACCACAAACCCAAAACCAGUUCAGAAGAAAGCGAAGCAGUCAGCGUUCAAGAGCAAAAAGGAAUUAUUGCUUCAUUUGAAUUAGCAGCACAGUCUUCAAAAGGAAAUCAGGCAACAGCAGUGAAAAGUUUGCCUUCUUCACCAGAAUCGUCAUUGUCACCAGCUUCAUCUACACAACCACAGCUCACAGAAGGAUCACAUUUCAUCUCUAAUGACUUCUGUUGAAACAAUUCAUGCCUGAGAUGUAUGGACCCGACCUAUGGAAAUGUGAGAAGAUAUUGUACAGUAUAUUUUAAAUCUAUGAAAUUCAUAGUUCUGAUGCUUUUGGCCGCAGAGCAUCAUUUUAUCACUUCCUGGAAAAUGUUUAUUCCAAGAGAGCUUUAAAUGGCCCAUAUGUACACUCAACAACCUUCAGAUCGUUCUCCUGAUACCAGCUUGCUGCUAUGAUUUCUGUGCACAUCCAAUAAAGGCUCUUCUCAGUGUGCAGCCUAUAGUCAGGACUUUAUUUUCCAGAAUUUAAUGUUCUUUUAAUUAUGGAUCACAUAAGUUUACUUUUUGGCUUCUUUUAGAUGCAUAACUCAGUUAAUUUUACAUAUCACCACUAAAACCCCGUUUUACACUUUUUAAACACUACAAUUUAUUGUUUUAACAUUUUAUUUGUAAAAUUUUUAUAUAUAUAUAUACAUAUAGAUAUAUUUAAAAUGUGCCAUUUUUAUUAUUGCUUAGUAAAAGAUGUUCCGUUUCUGUUGUAAUUAUUCCUUGGUCAGGUUGAAAUGUCAGCAGUUACUGCCACACUUCUGUCAACAUAUACUUCAAUGUCAGUGCUUACUUUUACUUAAAUAAAAUGGAGUGUAGGUAUUUUGAGGUACUGGGCUUUUCCUUUGUUGGGUUAGCGUGUGUACAGCAAUAAGCAGGUUCUCAGUCCAGUACUUAGUUUGUGUACAAAUGUAAUUAUGUUCAUUGUAUAUAUAUUAUACAAUGAGCACAUGCGAUGUAAGUAAAGAAGCCACUUAUUGUUCAGAUAAGAAUGUUCAUAACCCAUUUCUUUUAUAUCAUAAGAAAUAAAUGUUGAUGUUCUUAAGGACUGGUAUGGUUAGUAUUUCUUCCAGCAAGCAGAUGUCAUACAGCAUAUUCCACCUUUUGAUGUGGGGAGUGCAACAAUCUUAUCUCACUGGCGACACCACCUGUCAACCAGAGUAGCAUGACAGACUCUUAAGAUUCCAGUCUUCCUCUACAGGAAAGAAUAAGGCUGCAACACACGACAAAAAGACAACGCGAGAUCGAGAUGCAAGAAAUACAGGUUCAGCUCCUGACUCUCCCGGGCUUGUAUCACCAUGUUGGAAUAAUCGCUUAGUCAUUCUGCGUGCCUCCAUUUCCUGCCUGUUUAUUUGAGACGGAAUAGCCCGCCUUGCUGAGGUGUGGCAAGCAGUCACUCAGUGUUUGGAAACAUCGAAUGCCACAUUCAGCAAGGCUAAGGAGAGACGUAUGGUGAUUCCUUGAGGCUCUGACAUCUGCAAAGCAUCUUCCAGAAACCGAAAGAAAACCCAAGGCCAUUUGUCAAGUGUCAUCAUCCUACAGAUGUUGCUGGCUUCACUUCUUCUUACGCAGCUGUCUGAAUUUGCCUGAGACAAGAGGUUUAGAAAGGAAUGAUGAAAAAUGAAAUGAUUUAAAGGGCAAGCUUUUGAGUCUAAAAUGUGAAGCUAAGAAACCUUUUAAAGAUUCGAGCAACCGCUGUGUGCUUCAGUGCAUGUGCGUGCCAUAAGUAGUAAGGAAAGUUUCUUAAGAAGGCAACUGCCAGCUCUCAUUGUGCUCUUUCUAUCACACAAAUCAUAGCCCAUUCAAGUUAAUCUUAAGGUACUAGAGACUCUAUAAUUCAUUGUGCUUUUCCAAAGAGGAGUGCCUGAAAUUGACACAUGGUUUGAAAUUAACUCCUUAUCAUUACCACCUUGAGGAGGAGGUUGUGUUUGCUGUACAUUCCUGCCUCUCCCAGCUCUGCUCUCAGUUCUGUCUGGGGCUCUAUGCCACAGAGACACAGAGCACACUGACUACCUAAUUGCUCUGCCUCUUCUUUGAAAAGAACUGGGAGGCAGAAAGAAGUGGCGGAGCUUGGAGGGUCAUAGUGAAAGAGGUGGCGGAAGGAAAGAGAUGAAUCACGGUGCAGGCAGACAGCAUGCAGCUGAAAGUUUGACCAAGUAGCCCUUCCUCUUUUUAUAGAACAAGAGCCCCAGAUUAGCACGUCCUUCCAUCCAAAAUGCAGAACAGGAGGAAUGUGAUUUUUAUAGCUCAGCCAGCUGAGAUUUAAGUUCAGUGGCAUCACUGGAACACCUGAGGCAAAACAAAUAUAACACACCCUGUUCCCUCCCUAACUCUUACACAGAGAGCUGUUCUGCUGUCAAGCUUUGUGAUCUCUUUCUGUCCUCACUGCCAAAAAAAGAAAAGAUUUGCAACCAAUAAAGGAAAGAAUGACUAAGUGGUUUUUGGACAUUUGUAGAUCUUGUCUGCGUUUGAAGCAGCUGUCAGUUUGGUGUGUCUGCACAGUGCGUGCAGUUUAUGCUCAGCUUGGGGGGGCAUGGGAGAAUUUGCAAGUUUUUGCUGGUGUAACUCUUGGCAAAGAUGGCAGGCACGAAUGGUGCAGGAAUGCAGUCACGCUCACAGACUGUAACUUCGCUUCCUGUGGGCGCUUGCAGCGAAGACAUGCCGUUUCAUUGGGUGCUCAAUCUUUUUGUCUUAUGGAAGAGAAUUAAUGGCUCUGCGUUCUCACAGGGCAUUUACUGUCUUUUACCUCAUCAGAACGGCUCAUCCCGGUGAUCGUACUCUGAGAUACAGAAAUAUCAGAAUACUGAUAUCGUCGGCUUUCAAGCAUCUUUUUAAGUUUGUAUCUAGGAUAUUUUUAUAUUUCUGAUCGAUUGCUUUAUUGGCUAUUGCACUGACACUUGUAUAUAUACAGAACAUGUACUUUUUUUUUUUUUUUUUUUUCAAAAGCAAGAGUCCUUAGGAAUAAUGCAACACAUUCUCUACAGAUGUUCAUGCUUUUCGGAACCAAUUACAUCUAUUUUUUGUCUUCUGUUCACCAUUUGCAUUGUUCCAAGACUACUAGAGAAUGUGAUUCUUUUCACUCCCCCAAUAAAGUGACAUAACUCAAAAAGUUA